UCAAAGUCACGCCUGCAGCCUGCGGAAGUUUAAGCGGGGAGCGCUUUCUCCCCAGAGGGAACUUGCCAUCUCAGAAAUACGCAUUUGGAUAAGAGGACCUGGCUUUGUCCACGCUAAGAAGACAUACAACUAAGAGCGACGUUUGAAGUGGUCUCCAAUGAUGGACUGCACAAGCCAGCUUUACCUCUUCUUGUUGUUCCUCCUAUUCCAAGUGCGUGCCAUUAUCUCAGUGCAGGAGAUCCAGACGGACCAUGAGACCAUCAUGAAGAUCAAUGCUGCAGGAGAGAUGAUGCAGUGUUCGGCGCGUAUGGAUGUGCUGUUCCUGAUGGAUGGCUCGUACAGCGUGGGGAAAGGCAGCUUUGAGAGGUGCAAACACUACGCCAUCAAGCUGAGCCAGGCCCUGGAUAUCGCUGCAGAUAAGGUAAGAGUGGGAGUUAUUCAGUUUGGCUCUACGGCACGACUAGAGAUCCCUCUGGAUGCGUACACCACCAAAGAAGAGCUCAAGAAACACUUAAAGAAAAUCACAUACAGGGGAGGCAGCACCCAGACAGGCCUGGCUCUGAAGUACGUCCUGCGGAAGGGCUUCCCGUCCAGUGGCAACAGCACGGUCCCCCGAAUCCUCAUCCUCCUGUCGGACGGGCGCUCCCAGGGGGCCGUGCAGCUCGCUGCCACCGAGCUCAAGCAGACCGGCGUCACCCUGUUCGCCGUGGGCCUGCGUUACCCACGCUGGGAUGAACUGCACGAGUUGGCCAGCACGCCCACCGAGAGCCAUGUGUUUUUCGCUGAGCAUUUCCAUGACGCGGUCAACGGCCUCUACACCUCUCUGACCAUGUCUGACAUCUGCACUGCUAUCCCAUCAGGCUGUUUUAUGGAGUCGUAUGCCUGUGAGAGGAGGACUCUGGAGACGGUCAAGGAGCUGGUGGGAACCUUCAUGUGCUGGAAGGGCUCCAGGGCCUCCACCGCGUAUACCUCGAUGUGUCCUCAUUACAAGUGGAGCAAGAAGUACAAAAGGCACGCUACAGUCUGCCAUCGAACAAUCUGUCAGGAUCCCUGCGACUCGCAGCCGUGCCAGAAUGGCGGGACGUGUGUGUCUGAGGGUCUAGACAAGUACCGCUGUGUGUGUCCUCCAGGCUACGGCAGUGACCCUCACUGCGCUCCGGCGCUGAAUCUGGACUGUUCGGUGGACGUCCUCUUCCUGGUGGAGGGCUCCACGGAGCUGACCCUGGAGGGGUUCCUGCGGUUCAAGGCCUUCCUCAAGCGCUUCUUCCAGACCACCAUGGCCUCUGGCUCCCCUACCAAGGUGGGCCUGGCCCAGUACGGUGACACCGUGCGCAUGGAGGCCCGCGUGGGCAAGCACCGUGACCUUGCCGGCCUGCUGACCAUCGUGGAGGCCAUGAAGCCUGUGGGCGGCCGACCGCUGACCGGCGCCGCCCUCCAGCACGUCACCAUGCACGGCUUCCAGAGCACGCCGGUGUUCGCCGACGUCUACGACGACUUGCCACGCGUGGUGGUCCUGCUGAGCGCCACCGCCUCUGCCGACGCCGUGGUGGAGCCGGCCAAGUACGCGCGCGACCGCGAGGUCUUCCUGAUCGCCGUGGGGCCCGACGCACUCAAGGCGCAGAUGAACAACAUCACGGCCAAUCCGCAGCGGACGAUCACAUACCCGACGGCCGACAAGCUACCGGGCAAGAUCCCUGAACUCCGAACCAAGAUCUGCAGCGUAGACAACAAAGGGUGUUUGGGCCAGGCCGUGGACCUGGUCUUCGUUCUGGAUGCCUCAGAUGGUGUUGGUCGGGAGAACUUUGUCCACCUGACAGAUUUUGUCCGCAGCACCUCAGUCCAGUUUGACAUCAAUCGUGACGUGGCUCAGGUGGGGCUGGUGGUGUACGGCCGGCAGCCCGUCACCGUCUUCGAACUGGACGCGCACGACUCUGGCUCGGCCAUCAUGCGGGCGGUGAACAGCGCCACCUUCCAAGGCGGCGCGGCCUCCACGGGCUCGGCGCUCCUGCACGUCCUCUCGAACAGCAUGACGAUCGGCCGCGGCGCCCGGCCUGGGGUCAACAAGGCCGUGGUGGUGCUGACGGACGGCUCGGGCGCCGACGACGCCGCCGUGCCCGCCCGCAAGCUGCGCGACAACGGCGUGGCGGUGUUCGCGGUGGGCGUCGGGGACGCGCAGGCCGACAGCCUGCUGAAGAUCACGGGCCGCGUGGAGCACAUGGUCACCGCGCCCCUCUACGAGGACCUCAAGUACUUCGAGGACGUGCUGGUGCAGAUGGUGUGCACCGAGGUGAAGAAGCCGGUGGAGUUGUGUCGGCCGAACCCCUGUAUGAACGAUGGCGUGUGUGAGCUGCGCCAGAGGGGCUUCCGUUGCGAGUGCCGUGGAGGCUGGGAGGGACCACACUGUGAGACACGCAGCAGGACGCGGCUAGCUAACCGUGGGGACCAGCCCAAACCAGCGGGCAUGAGGCGCAAGGAGAAGAAGAAGAGUCAGAAGGAGCUCAAGCAGCGCUACAGAGAGCUCCGCAGGAGACACGCAGUCAAACGCCACUGAUGGAACACACACACACACACACACACACACACACA